AUGGCCCGGCUGAGGGGACUUGGGGAGCUGAAUGGACGGGGGAGCGGAGGAGCGGGGCGGCGGUUGAGCGCGGCGUUGGUGCCACCUACCGGCACGGACGCGUCGCAGCAGCCCGGCCCCGUCAGUGCCGACACCUUCCCCGCCAGGCUGCGGCGGCUGGUCAACAGCCCGCGCUGCCGCUCCGUUCGCUGGGGCGCCUCCGGCCGGGGGCUGGUCAUCAACCAGCCGCGCUGUGAGUGCGAGCUGCUGGGCGCCGGGCCGGCCGUCGCCGCGCAGCCGGGUGGCCGUGGGGCAGCGGCAGCCGCCGGUUUCUUCAAGACCACGAACUUCAGCAGCUUCAUGCGACAGCUCGGUCUCUAUGGCUUCCGCAAGGUGGGGGUGUUGCCGGGGAGCAGUGUGCUGGGGCCGGGCCCAGAGGGUGGACAAGGCAACGGUGGCAACGGCACCGGGCCCCUGCAUCGCUUCCGCAGCCCCCACUUUCGCCGCGACCGCCCCGACCUCCUCGUCCACCUGAAGCGCCUGACGAAAGGCAACAAGGCGAAGAUGGCAGCGGGCCUGGAUGUGACCAGCCGCCCACCCAACCGCUUCCAGCGCUUGCUUGGCACGCCACUGAACGGGCAGCCGCUGCCUCCGCCCUCGACGCUCAGCAGGCCUGGACUGCUGACUGGAGGACAGUUUCAUCAACUUUACGGUCAAGGUGUUUUCUCUCCUUACUCCUACAUGGCAACCUCGUGCCAAGCCCCCAGCACUUCACCGGCACAAAGAUUAGGUCCGACUCCAGUCCCUUCCACUUGGAUCCAGCAGGGACCACUUGGGUUGCUGCCAGGGCAAGGGGCUUCCCCAGCUUUUCCAGAUAAAGGGGCUGCCUUUCCGGUACUCCAGACGCUUCCAACGGGAGCCACGUACACACUCCAGCCUGCGGCUUCUCUUCCGCCACUUCAGCAAGGGACUCAAAGCGUUGCCGCAUCCAUUGCAAAUUGCAGCAGCUCUGCAUCUUCAGUGCCGUACUCACAAGCCUGCUAUCCAACAGCCACACCACAGAGCUGUUCAGCAGCAGCCCACACAGAUCCUCUGGCUGGCUGUGCUGGUCCUGCUGCUUCAGCGUGCACCCACGACAGCUUUGUCCAGAAUCCUCCAAUGCAGUCAUCUUACGAAGCUGAACUGAUGCCAUCUGACUGGCUAUGUAAUAUAUCUGAAGAAAACAAUAAGGCAGAAGUCGGUCUUGAAGCCAUGUUUCAGGUUGCCGCUGAGGUGCAUUCAUCAUGCAAAGCUGAAAAGGUGGGAGUGGCACCUGUAGAGAGCCAGAAUUCAAUCCUGGAGUUUAAUGGAAAUCAGGCACCGCCUGUUAAUAGUUACGCACCACCUUCAACUGAGGAAAGCCAGCUGGAACGUCUCACUCCUGUAACUUCAGACACGUCGUUUCUGGUGGCAGCAGAUGGAGCACUGGAUUUGUCUCCAUUGCAGCCUUCUGACAUUCUUUGUGCUGCCGAUACCACUCUGUCUAUAGAAGCUGCUGCUGCUGCUAAAAUACUACAAGAACUUCUGACCACACAGGAAGCAGGUGAAAAACGGAGCAAAGAACCACAUCACCGCGCAGCUGAGCUCUCCCUCAUGUUUUUUCAGGAAGAAUUGUUCAGUCCAGAGCAGGAGAAUAGUAGUGUUAAAAGUGAAUCCAGGACAUCGGAGACAGAAGAGAGACAAUUCACUUCAGGAGCUGAGCCUGUGAACGAAUCUGUAGAACAGACAGAUUCAUCUGUAAAAUCUUUCUCCCGGAAAAGACGCAGUUCAGACACAGGCAACUCUCUCGAUCUCCGUCUGCUGGUGGACGCCCCUUGGAAGCGGGGGUGCUUUCUGGCGGUGACAGAUGUGCAGCAGCUGCCAGCUGGCUUCCCUUGUCAGACGUGUAGCGAUGUUGCAAGAAAUGGAGCUUUGGCACGGCAACGGGUGUCGCAUCGGUGUUCUCUCCGUGUUCUCGAUGACCAGGGGUGAGCGUGUCACAGCUGGAAGAAACAGCUGCUUCCUGUUCCAGCGGUUCUCGCUGACACGUGUAUCACCCAGCGGCCGCUGCCCGGCGGAGCAGUUCCCAGGCCGGCGGCCGCUCUUCCUUUGUGCCAUGUCCCCGUUCCUGCGG